CUCCCGAUGGCUUUUGUGGUAGAUACCCCACAGGUGGAGAAGCGAACCUUGGCGGAAUCGAAGACGCAUGCGAAUAUACUACAUGAAUAACCUCACGAACAACGUUAUGUCCACUAUCGUUUGUAUGACGAGGGGGGCGAGCUCGCAUCGAAGACAUCUUUCAAAUGACCGACACCUCCCUGGGUCGCAUUAACGUGCUGUCCGUUCCCUUGCCUCAGAACGGCACUUCCUUGAAGAUGAACCACUUCCGAACCAUAACCUCACGGCUUCUCGAAGCAAUUGAAGGCAACCCAAGACUCUGGCCACAGGGAAUCAUGAUCCGACGUGGCACACAGCGAGAGAGGGGAAGAUUUUUCGUAUUGACAAGUAAGAGAUACUAUAGCGAUGAGUGAGGUGGCCUGGAAUAUGAGUACUCGUGGCAAUAAAUUCAUCAGGAAAACGGGGAUAACCUCCCAGAUUUCACUACUCUGCGAUGUUAACACAGUCAAGGGAAGAUUGGGGUUUGCGCAUGCCCCUUACGUUCGAAAUAUUUCAUACCAGUGUAAACUAGCAAUAAAUGAGACAAUUGCGCGCGCUC